AUGCUGGUCUCCAUCGCACUCGACCACCCGCACGAGCACUACACGAAUCUUGAUGUUAUACAAGGAAGAGUCUUCCUACGGGUGCCUAAUCCCACCAAUGUCAGCAGCAUUGUAGUAAAGCUGGAGGGUGAGUCCAAGACGAGGUUACUCGCGCCGAUACACCCUAGCAGACCAGACAAGCAGCGACCGGUGCUGGAGGUCCACAAGGUUCUGUACAAGACGGAGGUGGUGUGGCCCGCAAACAUGCGUCCGGAGGAUCUCCCCACCAACAACAAGACUGGCUUCACCUUGAACGCUGGCAACUUCGAGUACCCUUUCCAAUUCAAAAUCCCGUUGAACACGUCGUGCCAUGCACAGCAGUCGACUGCUCCUAUCUCGAACAUUUCCUUCGCGAAUACAAUUCCCGAGUUCGCGAAAGCGCCGACACAACACGUCAAGGCGACCCUGCCGCCUUCACUUACUGGCUUCCCUGGCGAGGCGGAAAUUCGAUACUUUGUGAAGGUGACGGUGAGCAGGCCAUCGCUGUUCAAGGAGAACCCAAGGGCGAUUGCGAAUUUCACCUUGUUGCCGAUCGAGCCACCACGACCGGAGAGGACGGAUGGCGAGGCGUAUGCGAGACGACAACACCAGUUCUUGGAGAAUGCGCCGAGCGCGGCGGCAGGGAAGAAGCCCAGCCUGUUGGAAACGAAAAGCUCAGCGCUGAGCGCGCCAUCGUCACCAACUUCCUUUGGCCCACCGCCGCGUGUAGUACUUGAUGCGCGACUACCCAAUCCCGCCAUCCUCACCGCCAACCAGGACCUUCCCUUACGACUGCUCAUGAAGAGUAUGAGCGCACGGACGAAGAAUGUAUACCUUCAGAUGCUCCAGAUCGAGCUGAUUGGCUAUACCAAGGUGCGGGCGCACGAGGUGACUCGGACAGAAUCGAACAGCUGGAUUCUCUGCUCCUUCAGCAACAUGGCGAUUCCACUAGGAUCGCCUACAGAUCCUGUGGAGACAGAGGUUUCCAUCAACCCAGAGUAUUGGUCGGGCAAACCGCUUCCCAAUACCGUCCCACCGACCUUCCAAACCUGCAACUUGUCACGGUUCUACGAGCUGGAAGUGCGCGUGGGCAUUGGCUACGGCUCCUACAAGCAGGGCGAAGAUCAGUUGAUCGUUUUGCCGUUGAGGCUGCCGGUCAAGGUGUACUCUGGCAUUGCUCCGCCAAAGGCGUUGCUUGAAGCUGCGUUGACAGGAGAAGCAGGCAAGAUGGCAAACCUGGGCGUGCCUCCGCCUCCACCUCAGAGACCGCACACUCCUGGCACAUCAUCACAGGCAGGGUUUGCAGGGUCAAACACAUCUCCCAACGCGACUGCGAGGCCACAAAGCGACUCAUUCGACGGGCCGCCGCCGCCGACUUAUGAGGAAGCCGUCGGACAGGAUCUGCCACCGAUCAACGGAUACAGAGGGACCUACCAGCCUCCUCCCGUGCCGGAGGGCGCACCGAGGUUCUCGGACGAGAAGAGGCGAUGA